AUGGCAACUACAACCCCACCAACCUACGAGGAAGCCCUCGCCGAAGCACAGCGCCUGCUAGCUCAACCUGUCACAGUGGGCGACAAGAUUCAAUUUGCCAAAGACGCCAUCAAGGUCCUCGACGACGACAGUCAAGUCAAAAAAUUUGAAGAGGAAAUCGAGAAUAUUGGUACAGCUGCGGUUCAGAUUGAUCAAGCCUUCGACCGUGUCGCUCGCGCCUUCCAAGACAUGGUUGACAAACAUGGCAGCGAUUUCCCAGAGAUCGCCGGCUACAAAGGAGAAUGGAAUGCCUAUAAAGGGCGCUGGGUCACGUACCUCUGGAACUCGCGGAAUGUAGCAUCCGAGAUGAGUGCAGUCCUCACGCGAUAUGACCAAGUGUUCCUGAACUUGAUUGAUAAUAUCAAGACAGACGGAGACCGCCAAGAUGUCAUCAAGGAACUUGGAAAUUUCAGCGGCGAAAAUCAUGGAACAGCAGCGCAGAUGUCGGCCAAUUUCACGAACCUUGAGGCGGAUGUCAGAGGCUUCGGCGCGAGAUUCGAAACCUAUCUUGAACAGAAGAAGGUGCAACUCGAGCAAAUGGCGACAUCCUUAAAGGCCGAUAUCGACACACUUCAAGGACAGAUCAAAACCUGGAAUGAAAAGGCAUGUUUUCCGCAUUACGAAGAUUUGUUCUUGGAUGAUGCUUACACACUAUUUUUGUGCUCAUUUAGAUUGCUGCUGGUCUUCUGUCAAUGGGCGCCGGAUUGGCUUUCUCGGUAUGAUCGCAGUUCUCGACAUCAUUUCUGGACGUUGAUCAUCACUGGUUCGACUGUCGCUUAUUUUAUCUAUCAACGCGUCAAAGCCGAACAUGACCUUAACGAUAAGAAGGCUGAACUUGUAGAAGUCAAUCGCAAGCAGAGUGGUCUGGCGGAGAUCAAGACCCAAUUCGACGGUCUGAAGCCGGACAUUGCACUUAUUUGCGAGAAACUGGUUAUAUUCGGCAAUAUUUGGCAGUCGGUCAGCGCUCAAUGCGCAGAUUUUGGCCAACAUCUCCAGAAAGGCAUGGACGCCCUUAAUGACGAGGAAUUCCGGCUGCAAGUCACGCUCGCUAGAAAAACGUGCACUCCUCUUCGUAACGGGCUUAACAAUUACGCGACGUCUCUUGACCAAUCUACACUCCAGAAGGUCUAA